GCCUCAGUGCUUAGCGCUCGCGGUUUCUUUUUUUAUAGCAUAUACGUCUACCCACUCCAUUCACGCAGUGGUAGUGUUUCAAACCAAUCGCGUUGGUUGGUGUGUGCGGGGUAUCGUUAUAGACACUGCAGCUCGUGGAAGACUAAAAUGACUGCUAAGAAGAAAUGAAACGUGACUAUUCCAAUGGAACGUUUGGUGGUCAGGCACCGAGAACGAUUGGUUCAUAUUUCUCGUCUGAACGUGUAACUUUUGGUGGUCCAACCGAAAGAUCGUUUGGGUCAUAUGGUUUGUCUGAACAGGGAAAUUCGGGUGGGCCAUCCCAAAGAUCGUUUGGGUCAUAUGGUUUGUCUGAACAGGGAAAUUCGGGUGGACCAUCCCAAAGAUCGUUUGGGUCAUAUGGUUUGUCUGAACAGGGAAAUUCGGGUGGACCAUCCCAAAGAUCGUUUGGGUCAUAUGGUUUGUCUGAACAGGGAAAUUCGGGUGGACCAUCCCAAAGAUCGUUUGGGUCAUAUGGUUUGUCUGAACAGGGAAAUUCGGGUGGACCAUCCCAAAGAUCGUUUGGGUCAUAUGGUUUGUCUGAACAGGGAAAUUCGGGUGGGUCAUCCCAAAGACUGUUUGAUUCAUACAACUCGUCUGAGCUGGGAAACAGUGGUGGCACUACCCUAAGAAAGACACUUCACUCUUACGACUCUGAUCAAGGAAAUGCUGAUCGUCCAACACAAAGAUUUCUUAGCUCAUACAGCUUGUCUGAACGGAAGAAUGCUGAAAGGUUUGGAUGUAACGAGUCUUACCAAUUCGAGUCUGAUAAUGAUGGCUUUGGAGGUUUUGACAGCGAAUAUGACGACUCCUUCCAGAAUAACCUUGACUCUCAUGGAGUUGCUAGAAGCCUGAGUCGUAUUGAUAAUGGCAGGUCUAACUUGGAGCCUUCUUACUCAAGUUCAGAUUCAAGAGCUGGGUUUAGGGAUGAGGGAAGAGGCGGUUACUCUUCCUACAGCACAUUUUCUUCACCUCACAUGAAGCCUGCACCUGUAGGUUUUCGAGGGAGAGAAAGUAGAAGUUACGGUCUAGGAGGACCAACAGCAUUCAGAGGCAGAGGGCAAAUGGGAGACUUUAGGACACCUAGACCUGGAGUAUAUCAGGACCAGAUGACUAUUAGGGGAGUAAAGAGGGAGAUAAAUGCACCCUACAGACCAAAUACAUUUAACAAGAAGCAAAAACUGACUAAACCUUUUGUACCAUUUAUAAAGAAACCAGGGAAUGGUCAUAGUGCAAACAAAGAAGAGGAGAAAAGAAAACUCGAGACCAGACUUGAAGCCAAAAGAGAGAAGCAGAGACGCAGACGGGAGAAGUACAAUUAUAAAUGUGGUGGACAAAGAGUAGUAUACACUUGUUCCUUCUGUAAAUUCCUGACAUCUGAAGAGAAGGAAAUUGAAGACCAUCUUGAAGGCUCUUAUCACCAGGAAUCACUGGAAAAUAUUCGCAAGGAUGCCAAUUUAGAUGAAGUAGUCAUUCGUUUCUUACAUGAAUCUAUUGUACAUAAGUUUAAGAGGAAUUUAAAACACAAACUACAAUGGCUCGCCACGGACCCGCAGCAAACUCCAGUGCAAACACAAAAGCAAGUAAUGAAAGAUGUGACGGAAGACGACUACAUGAGAAGAGCUACCAUGUUUCACUGCAUUGCAUGUGAUUCCUACAUUCCUGCUACCAAGCUCUCUGCACAGGACCAUUUGAAAUCCACCAUGCAUCUGACAAAGAAAGUGGAGUAUAAAGAGCAAUUGAAAAGGGAGCGUGUUUUAAUGGCUACCAGCUUGCUGAACAAUCCCACUGUAAAGGAACGUUAUGAAAGGUUUGUUAAGGGCGAGAAUCCUUUUGAAAUCACAGAAGAUGGAGCGCAGAAUAAUGAUGCUGAACUAAAUCACCCGACUGAUGACCAAGCUGCUGCUGAAACUGUAACUGAGAUGAAUUGAACAAAAUGAACACCUUGACAAGAAGCAAACCUUGAUCUUUUAGAUGCUUUGAAAAAGUCAGUUCUUCACUGUGUAUUUAAUAGUACAGCCACAGCAGUAGAAAUCUGCUUUUUUCCCCCCAAUGUACCUGUUGUCUACCUUCUAGUCUGUUCCUGCCACACACAGAUAAUGGGUUUUGCUUUGUAGCUAACCGUCAGCUGCAAAACCAUUUGUACUUAAACUGAAUCUCCUGCUACUAUUCUUUCUGUUUUAUCUAACUAGUUUUGUACCUGUAAUGUUAACACCAUUCUCUCAUUGUGAACAGAACACAUUUUGUAAUGAUAUUUGACUAUUUUAAAUGGGAGCAUUGUAUGGUUAUGUAAUACAUUUUGAUUUUUUUUUCUUAUUAUUUCAGUUCUGUAAAAAUUAAAAUAUUCCGCUUCAUUAGAAA